AUGGAGAGUAUACCGGAUGGAGCGGCCAUAAAUAGUCCACGAGGCUGGUACGAUGUUAUAGAAAAGUAUUUUUCGCCUGGUUUUGCUUGCAGAUAUGAUCAAAGACUCCAAGUACUAAACCAAGCUGGCGAUUAUCUUAAAAUCAGUGUGGUGACCCCGACAGAUGACAAUUCAAGCUUAAGUAAACAGAUAAGAUCUAUGUUCCUAUCAGAGACCAUUAAUGAUAUGCUGAGAAAUGACUUUUCCAAACUUGGUGCUAUGCCGUUUCAGAUCAACUUUAUUCUGGACAAUGGCCUAUUCCCACUCUUUGGCGGCUAUCUUCCGCUUACGUUAUUAACUUUCACAGCUCUUAUAAUGUAUUUCUGCUACCAAAGCAUUCAAAAGAGGCCCACCCUGUUCUUCAUUCUGAAUGUAUUUUACAUGUGUUUUACGUUAGUGUCACUGGCCAUGAGUGACGGAUAUUUGACUGCACUAUUUAUGAGCCGUUCAAAUUUUGCUGCCAAAGCAGAAUCCAAUUUUAAACUAUUUGAAUAUUUUGUUAGGCUUCAAUCAAUGGAGUGGAUUCUCAUGAAUAUGUUCGUGAUUAUGACAUCUACACUUACCUUAUUUUUCCAUAUAGUUUAUAAUGAAAGACACGGCGUGUCAAAAAAAUCAUUUAUUCUUAGAACUGUGGUGAUAGUGGCUUUAAUGCUAUCAUUUAUCUUAUUUUACUUGCGAUCUAAUACGUUUUUCGACCUGCUGUCGCCGGUGUACUUUACCUAUGCAAGCCAUUUGCAUCUAGCAAAUAUAGCAUGCGGUCUUAUUUAUAUUGUUUGUUUCGUGAUUGCUUUUUCUCAUUUAGCUUACCGAAGAUUAGAUGAAAUAAUUUAA